AAAAAGAAAAGAAUGUUUUAUAAAGUUUAUAACUGCAGGAUUAUAAAUGUACAAGGUUAUAAUUGUCUGUCAUCCCUUCUGACUAAAAAAAACAGGAACAGUAAGGAAGAGCAAGCCUGCUGAGAUUCAUGAGAUGACUUGACAGCUCUGAAAUGGCACUGUAACUAAAAUCUGACAUCAGUCAGUGUGAUUAAUACCUCUGACCAGUAACAUGGACAGAGACCAACAUCUGCAUCGAUGGUCCAAGAGGCUUUGGAAGAAAUGCUUUUGCAGUUUCUCAGGUAGUAAUAAACUGACCGCUUCAGUGAGCAUCAAGUGACAUCAUUGCAGAUGAACAGAUGAAGUUCGGACACUCAUGCUUCAAACAUCAGAGGAGAUUAGUCAGGACCUUAUCCAUAUCAGAGAGUGACCUUGACUCCUUAAAAACAGCCAAUCAGAUCAGAGGAGAGCGAUAAGUUGGGUCCUCAAUGGAAUGUGAACCUGAAGACCAAAUCCUCCAAACUGUCCCCUCCAUCUCAGGGGUCUCUCAAGAGCAGGAUGAAGGAAGCCCUGAUGGCAGAGACGGUUACAGCAAGAAAUCACCAAAACCUGACUCUGAUCCAGUUUCAGGCAGCGCUGUUCAGUCAGGUCGGGCUGUCAUGAAUGGUGCCACAUCUCCAACAACCAAAACAGACACUGUACCAAUAGAUUCACAGUUAGAACCCAACUGCAUGUCUGAAGACAGUUUGGCAGAAAUGAAGGAACCAGUUACCAAAGCGAAUAAUUCAAAUUCCAACCUCUCAUCUAGCAAAGUACCAGAGAUUCAAGUUCAACGACAAUCCCCUCCACCAAGGACUAGUUCUACUAGUAGCAAAGAAUAUGAUGAGGGAUCUAGUUCCAUUACCAAAGAGGAGGUUCAGAUCCAGGACUGUGCUCAGGGUGUUGACUCUGCUGAUGAAUACUCUGCUACUCACGGGAAAAGUAAAAACGAAGACGCAGAGGAGCUGGAAAUAAAAAGACACUGUAUCACAGAAAGACCAGAAUUCAGUCAAGCUGACUGUAACCCCCAAAUCCUGCUUUAUGAAAGACAGCAGGGAUUUGAUUUAGCAAUGCAAAACGACGCUCUGACUCACUCUACAUCAGUACCGGUGCAGGAAGAGCUGUGCGAAGCUCUGGAUUUAAGCCUGCCGAAAAAGACGGGCAGGGAUAAAGAAAAGUGUAAAUGGGUUCUGGAUUCUGGAUAUGAGGGUUCCUUACUGAUGGAGGUCGAUGAGAUUGAGGAUGACACCCCACUUAUAGAAGUAGAGCAAGAUGAGGAUGAGGAGGAAGAGUGCUGGAUUGAGGAUGCAAACAGAUCUUUCCACUUGGGAGAAGAUUGGGAUCAGCAUUCUGUUUCUCACAUAGCCAUACCCUCUCCUCCAGCUGGAACCUGCUUCUCACCUCUUGAUCCCAAUGAUACGCUGCUCAUAGACGACCAAGGCAUUCCCUACACUCUCACUUCUGAUGGUCAGAAGGUUCCCCAGAUAGAUCCUUCAGAGAUGCCAAAGGAUGUGCUGAGAAGUCCUAUAUUUGCCCAGUUUGCACAGCUAGAGGAUGAGUCGAUUGGUCUGCACCAAGAUGCUGACCCUUCCCAGGAGACGCCUCUUCUAAAUCUGUCCCUGCGGGAGUCAUCUCCUGUCCUUUCGGUAGAAACUUCGCUUGAACCCUCGAAUGAAAAGUUAGAGAAGGCAUCUUCCGCUGCAUAUACUACCGCUGAGACUACAUCCACAGCCGUGCCGGUCAUAUCUAACUUGCCUUCCCUUCCUAUUCAGAUUGUGGCUAGUAACACUGGAUCAAACACUCCUAUCCUGCUUCUCCCGCAGUCUCAGCUUCAGACGCUUUCAGCAUCAGCAGCAAAUGCUAAUCCAGGAGUCAUGACCCUGUCGCUACCUUUGGCACUUGCCCAGAACGCUCAGUCUUCCUCUUCCUCUGUCUUUCUUGUUCUUUCAUCUCCUCAAGUUUCUCAGAUUUCCGCCACAUCUUCUGUUGCACUUUCCUCAGCUUCAGGUUCCCUCAGCCUUAAACCAGAACCAGUCUCCUGUACUACGGCUAUAAACCUCUCAGGACAAAACAAGCCGUGUAAUUGUUCUCCUGCCCCUACCUCACCCAUUCCUUCUGCUCCUUCAAGCACUGCUUCACUGACCUCGAAGAGUCUCACCAAGCAAGUUAAAACCGAACCCUGCACUGACUCACCCACUUCCUUCCAGGAGGCGCUAGUCAGAUUAGCGGUAUCUGCCAUACAAAAAGCAGAAAGCCAACCUAAAUCUGUUGGGACACCUUCUGUUGUUACAACCUCAACCAAUGACGAAGUGACCGAAGCGGGCUCCCCCUCAGCAACUAAUGUUGCAGAGGCUGAACAUGUUUUAUUGCCAGUCUCUGAGCCAACUUCUUCUACGCCUGUGGACCAAACAGAAUCUUUGCGAAGUCCCACCUCUGGUGAUGACCUUCCGCCCCCAUCAUCCGCUUCACCUCUUCGUCCACCUUCACCCAUAUUCCCAACCAACCAUCCGAAAAACCAGGAUCCGCAGGGACUAGGCCAACGUCGCAUCCUCUACUGCCAGUACUGCCCGCGGGUCUUCUACUACCUCUCAGACCUCGAACGCCACUCCAUCACACACUCCCAGAACAAGCCCCACGUGUGCCAGCUCUGUGGCAAAGCCUUCAAACGCUCAAGCCAUCUGGAGCGGCACAAGCACAUCCACACAGGUCAGCGGAACUUCGUGUGCCAGCUCUGCCCGCGGCGAUUCCGAGAGGCGGCGGAACUGACCAGGCACCAGCGGGUGCACACAGGUGAAAAGCCUUUCCAGUGUCUGUUGUGCCACAUGCGGUUCGCCGAGCGCAACACUCUGCGGCGGCACACCAAACGCAAACAUCAGGGUCAACAGCAGGAAGCCAUGAACAUGAAAGUGAAGCUGGAGACCGAAGGGGUCUCCGCUCUUGGCGUUCAGGGGCAGCAGGAGGAGAAUGCAGAGUGGUACAGCUCUACAAUGACUGAAAUGGACUCUGACAACGACACGGGGGGAGAAUGAAAUUUUAAAAUAUGAGAUUUAUUUUAUAUUUAUAUUUAAACUGAUAGUUGUGCAGUUUCCACUUACCUUGAAAUGUAGUCAGCCAAGUACUUUACUUUUACAUUUUCUGCUUUCUGCAAUUUUGAAGCCUAAAGAAAACUAGCUCACUUAAAAAUGAGCAUUUACAAAUGUGGACAACUCUCUAAAUUGGCAGGGGUGGUGAGGUCAAUUUAGCUCAGCUUUAAAGACAUAUGUGUUGGUGGUGGGUUUGAAGUUGUUGGUCACAGAGAUGGAGGGAGUUUUUAAGAUACAGUAUAUUGGUUUUGAAACAGUGGAAGCAGUGUUCAAUAUUCUUUGAAUUUUAUAAGCCAGGUUUAGGAAAUUCUAACAUUAGCCUGGUUGAACUUACUAACCUGCAGAUUGGUGGCUAGUAGGGAUGGGCGGUGUGGCCCUAAAAUAAUAUAAUAAAAUAAUAUUUCUGGGUAUUUUGGGAAUAAUAUUUUUCCUGAUGUGACAAAACAUUAUAAUAUGUUAUGGAACAGUCCUAAUUGAGAUAAAAUAUUUUAAAAUCAAACUAAUAGUAGAUGUUAAUUUAUACAGAUUAUUCCACCUCAAAACUUUAUUUGGGUGAGUAAACUUAGAAUUCCAAUAUUUUGUCCAAGCUAGCUAGUACAGUUCAAUAUACUCCCCUCUGAGCGGCGAAAGUGCUAGCGCUACUAAUGUUAAUACUGCUCCAGCCUCAGUGCUGGAGAAACUUCACUGAAACUCCUUUAUAAGUUUAAGUUACUGUACUUCAGCAGAGUGGCUUUACUGCUCCUUAAUACCUGACUGGAAAAAAAUCAUACAUAAGGCGCACUGGAUUAUGAGAUGCACUCACGAUUUUUGGAAAAAAUCAAUGGAUUUUAGGUGCACCUUAUAGUCCGGUAAAUACGGUACCCACACAGCACAUUCAGGACUAAAAUCACACCUCCCCAUGUAAAACUAAUCCUGCCAGAACAGCACUUUAGUCUUUAAAGUGUAAAAUCUCUCUCUUAAGCACUGUGACCACUUUAGUUAGAUAGAUAGAUAGAUAGAUAGAUACUUUAUUGAUCCCCGAGGGGAAAUUCUUGACAUCCAGCAGCAGGUGUGUAUAGUACACAAAGUUACAAAAAGUAAAAAAAAAUAUAUAUAUAUAUAAAUGAUACAUAUAAAUACAACAAAAUAAAAAAUAAAAUGAAAUUAUAAUAGUACAGUCUUUAGUGUGUGUGUGUGAUGUAAAAUGGAGGUAGUGCAGUUGAACACAAUAGACAGCGAACACCAGUUGAUGUGCAUAAAGUAAGGAUAAGGAUAACUGAUGUCCGCCAUACAGAAAGUGCAAACACAGUUAUAUAAUAAUUUAAAUUUAGCAGUGCAAAUGAUACGUAAACAGUAGAUGAAUGAACUAGUGAAUGAAAUACUAGUGCAAAAUAGGGUAGAACUAUAAAAAUAGUGUUAUGGGCAUCAGCAAGAUAGUGUGACCAUAGAUGGGGGUGUGUCCAUGGUGUGGCCAGAAUUGCUGGAAAGAAAAGGUGUCACAGAGUCUUCAGUUUGCUGUGCUGAGAUGAGUUGAAAAGUCUUAUGGCCUGAGGGACAAAAGACUUUCGAAGUCUGUCUGUGGAGCAGGACUGGGACAGCAGUCUGCCGCUGAAUGAGCUCCUCUGCCUGGUGAUGGUGCUGUGUAGAGGGUGGUGAACAUUGUCCAUGAUGUUCAGCAGCUUGCUGAGGGCUCUCCUCUCUGCCAGUGGUGUUAAGGACUCCAGCUCUAGUCCCAACACAGAACCAGCUUUCCUCACCAGCCUGUUCAGUCGUCCAGCGUCCCUCUUGCUGAUGCUGCCUCCCCAGCACACUACAGCGUAAAAAUUAAUUAAUCUGGCGAUUAGGCUCAUUUUUAUUUGAUAUAGUGUUACAUAUCAUUUUUAGUGACUCAAAACAAUCUGAUCAUUGUAAUUGGUGUAUAAAUUUGGAUAUAUAUCCUUAUAUAUCCUUAUUUAACUACAUUAUUAUCUUAUCAAACUAAUGAAGCAGACUUUACAUCAAACAAGUAUUGGCUGAUGUACAUUCAGGGUAAGAGGUGAAACUGUAUGUAUUUAAUAUAUGAUUAAAUUAUGCUUGCAGUCCUUUUUUCAUAUACAUUCCUUUCCUUGCUGCUUUCACCAGAUUAAUUUAUCUUAAUUUAAUUCCACAGAUGAUUAGAUUAGUCAGUGCUGUGGCUGUGCUAUUUAAUUUCAGUACUGUUGCGUUUGACAGUAGGACAGUUGCUCUGAAGAGGUUGUUUUACCCUUCUUGCUUCUGAGAUUGGCUUGUUUUGAACGGAGUAUAAUUCCUGCUCUGGUAGUGUGAGCUGAUUUGCUGUCAGAGAUCAGAUAUACUAUGUCUACUGAAGAGAUCUCUGGUAAGCUUUCAGCCCUUCACAAACAGAGCUGAUUGGGAGUUUAAAAAGUUUGCUGUGUGUUCUGCCAUAGAAGGACCACUUUUUUGAUAUAAUAUAUUUGAAAAUUCCCAUUAAACAGAAGACUGUGAAAGCCUUACAAGAUUUAGGGCUGCCCGAUAUUGGAAAAGUUUGACAUUGCAUUGUUUUUUUUCGGUGAUAUAUAUUACAAUAUUACACAAUGCAGGACCCGUGACAUCACCAGGCCCGCCCCCACCCAAGCAGAGAUUAAGACCGACCAGAAACUGAGUCAACGCUUUAGAGUCAGCCAAGCAGUUAAAACACAAGGAAAACAGCAAAACAACAAUAAUCAAGCAUUUAAAUGGUCUUUUAAAUGUUAAAUAUAAGCGUUUUUUUCUGGGAUUAAAAGCGUGCUUCUGGCUGUAACUGGAAAUAUCUGCGCAAAACUGUGCAGAACUAAGGUGCGCUCCCCCUCCCCUCGCCCUUCUCAGCAGCAGACAGAGACGGCGCUGCUUACUCAGAAUGCUGUGUAUCUAUGGCAAGCCAACUAAGCCAAAACGUGUUAGAAAGAAACGCCUCCACACGUAAAAAUAUCACGUGUACAGGCGGUAAAACUGUUUGUGUAUACACGUCUUGGCAUCUAACAUCCAAUCAGUAAACACGCCUAUGCAUACAUUUGCAUUGUAAUAAGGCAGCCUGACCACACCUGAUGUCAGGCAACGUAUUGUAUUCCAUAUUCAUAAGACGCUUAUGUGGGUUACAACGCAGUGUCAACGUACCGUGACAUAGCCCCUUACAUACUCAUACACACUCUGCACGUAAGGUCCACGUAACUGAAACGUUGUAAUCAUGUGACUAUGAUGUACCCCCUAUUUCACAUCUACCUCUGUACAGGUAAUAAAAAGCAUGUGAUAUACAGACUGCAUAAAUUUACAUAGUCUACACAUAAAAAGAUCACGUCUGUACACGUAAAAUAUAACGUCUUUAUCUGUCAACACGUGAUAUUUUACGUGUGGACACGUGAUAUUUUUACGCGUGGAGGUGUUUCUUUCCCACACGUUUUGGCUUAGUUGGCUUGCCAUAUGUAUCUACUUGUGUCAAGAAUGAAAACACUGCAACAUGACAUUGUUUUUAUUGCCUUAGGCGACAUUGCACAUCCCACGAUGUGACUAUUGCGUAUUCGCACAUCGCGAUAACGAUGCUUAAAUGGUAUAUCGUGCAGCCCUAACGAGAAUCAAUUACAUUAAUUAGAUUAACAGCUAGCAUGCCAAUGUUAACUGCUCAACUGGGAACCAAAAAGCUUUGUCCACAAGUUCUGUGUGGGCUACAAAUAUGGGGACAUUCGUUAAUUGGCCAAUGAUUGGACCAGGACUAAACAUGGGCCACCUCAAGGUUCUACACCAGACCUGGGCAUUGUACGGCGUGAGACUGUUGGUAAAUUAUAAGGGAAUAGUAAAUCUGUCACGCUAUCUGCACCAAAAACCUGUGUGCGUGUCUAAGCGGUGUAUUACGGUAGCCGCGUGCACAGCGGAGCUGGAUGAACAGAGCCUUUUUUUUUUACAGCUAAAUAAACAAAAUUUAUCCAGAUCUAAUCAACCAAUAUACACCAGAAAUACAACUAGCUAUCUGUAGAUCAGUGUAACAUUUUAUAAAUAUUUGUCCUAUAAAAUAAGCAAAUUAAAUCAUAAAAAAUAACUGCUGAACAUUGUGUAACAUUGUUCAUUGUAUCCAAUAUGUAUGUUUUCAGUAAUAAUACAGAAAAAUAAGAUAUGAGUUUGGUGCCCUACAAAACAGGAAAAUCAAAGGGUUGUUAUAUCACACCACUAAAUUCUUCAAGAUCUCUUUUUCAUGUAUUCAAGAUAUACAUUUCAAGUGAUAUUACUGUAUCAUUUUAAAGUAAUGGGAUGCCAAACUUAGGAAAAACUAUAUUCAGUUGUUCAUAAAACAGUUGUUCACGCCAAAAGCUAGAUUUCUCUCACUAAACACAAAAAUAGAACUGAGGUAAAACAAACAAAUGCAUUUAUUGCAAGUAAAAUUUUCAUUAAUGUCUCAUUUACUGUUUUUUAUAUUGGAAAGGGUUAUUAUAACUAAAGUACAAAUGUUUAUCGAAUAGCCAACCUCCGUUCUCCCCCAAGAAUUCCCAAAUACAUUGCUUACAAUGCUAGCAAUAAGGGCAUAUUUUUUCACUAUUGAGAAGCUCGAAGCAGCUCCACACUUCACUGGUAGAAUUUUGAAGACUCUGGCAUUUAAAAUGAGGAAGCACCAGCAUUUUGCUGUUACUGUUUCUUGUGGACCAGAGUCCCUAGUGUAUUCAGAUAAAUCUUAAAAAAAAAAAAAAACGGACAAGACUUAUUGCUUGUAGGUGAUCCAUCAUUAUAUUUUUUUCUUCAGUAGGAAAAAAAUUGCCCUGCUUCUGUUCAGAAAACGGUAACUUGCUCUUACAGCCUGCAACUCCAUAUUGAAGCAGUCAAUUACUAUACAAAAUAACUGCAGUCCCCAGGGAAGGUGAGAACCUUUACAGUGCGCUGUAAAGGUUUUCUACAGUCACCACAUUAAUUAGUACAUAGUCCAAAGUCUUCUAGCAACUAAAGGGUCUUAAAAAAAUGUUUCUUCUAUGGCAGAACCCUGUGUGGUACCAUUCUGGUUUGUUAUAGAGUGUUGACACUCAGAGAGGAGGCUUAUACUGGUUUAUUAUUUAUUAACUGUGAGCAGAUGUAUUUAAUGAUGUUUUAUUGCCCUUCGUGCCUUCAAUUAUUGUUUUUGUGUUUUUCACUGCAAUGAGGAACACUGUCUCCUGUAGUAUAAAUAAUUCUAGUGCACCGUG